AUGGAAACUCAAAUAACCAGAAUAGAGGAUUUCCUAGGGGCACCUAGAGCACAAAUUCGUUAUAAACCCCCACCUUCACCUCGACCAGAAACCCCGGUCCGGCCAGAGGAAAUGUGGGACGAAACAAUCGAACAAGAAUAUCAGGAAGUCAAACAGAUUCCUAGGGUGGCUCGAAGGCCUCCUAUGGUUUUAGUCACUAGAAACCAGGAUCCUGACCAUGUGGUCAGGCAAAUUCGACAAGAGGCAGCGAUUGGGGAGCAGAACCUAGAGGCUAUUGUCGAGCAGAUCAUAGGGUUAAAAGUUCCGAAAUUUACCAAGUUCAACGGAGAUACCGAAGAAUCUACCGUCGAACAUGUUGCCAGGUAUCAUACUGAAGCUGGCGACAUAGAGAAUAAUGAGGAUUUGAAGUUGAAAUACUUUCCAAGUUCUCUUACAAAAAAGGCGUUCACAUGGUUUAGGAUGCUACCUCCACAAUCAGUCCAAACUUGGACGCAAUUAAAGAGAUUAUUCCAUGAACAGUUUUACAUGGGACAGUCGAAAAUCAGUCUGAAAGAACUAGCCAACGUCAAACGAAAGACCGUUGAGUCAGUUGAUUAG